AUGAAUAAAAAAUAUAGUAAGAAUAUUAAUAGUCAUCAUAAUAUUUCUCUACAAAUAGCAGCAAAUAACUUGAACACCAUGCAUAAAAAUAGUAAUGAAGAUAUGGAACAUUCAUUAGAUAUUACUAAAAUAAAUUCUUUAAUUAACACAAAUGAAAUAAAUGGUAAUGAUACAAAUAAUAAUAAAGAACAUAUUGGCAAUGAGAUAAUAUAUGUAAACGAUAAACAGUAUGAGAGAAUUUUAAAAAGGAGAAUGAGGAAAAUAAAACAAGAUAUAGAAAAAAAAAGAAAAGUUCGUGUAUAUAGGACUAUUCAAAAAAAAGUUGUUCCUACUAUGAAUAAUUCUGAAAAUAAUAUAAAUUUAAAUAAUAAUUUUAAUACUUCUUUGUAUAAUUAUGAUUUAAACUCAAAUGAUUCUUAUAUAAAAAAAAAUGAAAACUCCAAUAGCUAUAUUGCAUUAAAUGAAAGUAUGCAAGCUAUUUAUGAUAUGAAAUCAAAUAAAAAUUAUGAGAAGAAUAUGUAUUUAAACGAUUACAAUAAGUACAAUAACUUAAAUACAGAUGAUGAUUAUAAAAAAUAUAUAAAUAUAUGCGAAAUAAAUAAUAUGAAUAACAUGAAUAACAUGAAUAAUAUGAAUAAUAUGAAUAAUAUGAAUAAUAUGAAUAAUAUGAAUAAUAUGAAUAAUAUGAAUAAUAUGAAUAAUAUGAAUAAUAUGAAUAAUUUAAGUAAUAUUGAAGAAUUAAAUAACAUAAGCAAAAUGAAUAAUUUUGAUCAUUUUAAUAAUAUAAAUACUGUUAAUAGUUUCAACCAAAUUAAUAAUUUAAAUAACAUGAAUAAUUUUUCUAAUGCUAUGAAUGAAAAUUUCAUAUAUGGGCAAUAUAACUAA